CACAACAACAACAACAUGGCUGACGAUGUUGGAAAUUUUCAAAAAACAGAAAGCAAGUCUAAAAGACAGAAAACAGAAGAGAAAGACAUAUUUUCAAACUUUGCCAACAAAGAAAAAGAAUGCAGAAAUUUAAUAAGGGUCGUAACAGAUUUAAUUAGUGGUAGUGGAAUAGAACCGCUGAUAGUCUGCCCACUGAAAAUCACAGGGGCAAAUGCCAAUUUGACCAGGUCAUUUAGAAGUGCUGUCUGUCUCACAGAGUAUUACAUGAAAAUCAACGACCCAACAAAGCCAUUUACUAUCAAUAUUGGCUCUUUGUUUGAGUCAGGAUGUGCAGUUUUGAUGGAGUUCUUUGAAAACAAAAGGGUCCCAAAACAUGAAGAAUCCAGAAGAGCUUUGAAGAGGCUGAUAGAAUUUUUAACCAUAAAUGAUUUUUCUGGUUUAUUUGACUGGAAUGAAAAAGAAAAUGAAGCAGAAUGGUGUGUUAGACUUGCGCAGCAUUUAUUUGCUCCGCUGUCUACGUCAGAAAGCUACAUAGUUGACAACAGUUAUGAAGAAAGUGGCCUGUCAACGUGCCCUUGCUCUUCAAAAGAUGAAUUCCGUGGGACAUUUGGGGAUACCAGCUUUGGUUGUAGAAACCUGUGGCAUGGGAAGGUUGAUAUCCUGUUUGAAGCAGUUCCUGUAGUUGUAAGCCAUUGCGCUGAUUCAUCAGACAAUGAGUCAGAAAGUUCCGAGGCGGAAGCAUCCCCUGAUCAACUUACAACAUUAGAGAUGAAAUUUCAUAUGCGAGCGCAGGCUAUUGUUUUCGGUUUUUAUCAAAACAGACAUCACUCUGGAAAACUUCUUGUACCAAGUAUAGGAAUUUCCAAAGAGAAAAUUGUGUUCCGAUUUUACGAUAGUGUGAAUGAUGUACUGUUGGAAACACGUGCCCUGGACUUGUGUUCGUAUGAAAAGAAUCUGAGUUUACACGCUGUGGUGCUCAUAUGGUUGACACUGAAUUACAGAUACUUCCUUUCAGAUACCCCGGAGAGUCUAGAGCCGUAUACAUCUCAGUUUCACAGAGUGUUUCAGUCGUAUAUUCCCACAUAUAGGAGCAAUGUGAUGGCUCCGUGUCAUGCCAUGCCAUUGCCGACUGAAAAAAGGCUUCCAAAAGUGCCAGGUGAAGAUAUAAUUGAUGUAGAAGCAGUAAAACAAGCGAUAACAUUUAAAUCCAUCUACGAUUUAUAAUUCUGAUGCGACAAGUUGUGUUAUUCUUAAUGCAAUUAGUAUUGGUUGUUACAGCACAUUGACCUAGAUUAACCUCUCACAGAUGUGGGUUCGAGCUGCACUAUAAAAGACUUUGGUGUCUGCAUGAUUUAAAGUGAAAAAGGGUGUGUUAAUUCAUGUAAAUACUCUGUGUGUGUUACAGUAAUAGGCAGGGUCCCAAAUUUGGAUGACUUUAGGUCAGCUAGGAAGAGAUCAACAUGUAAAUCAUAAAUGCCCGGCAAAUGUACUAACUCAUUUCAAUUGAGUUUUUCUAAACUAAUACCCACAAUUUGGUAAAUCGGAAUUAUGUGCACCAGUCACAUUGUCUCAAUAUUUCAUAUCACAUAUUUUAUGCUUUCAUCUACAUUACAUGGGUUAGUAUAUAUUCUCAUUCAUGACCAUGUUCUUAUAGUAUACCUAGUGUAAGGGUCAUUGAUGUUGGCAUAGGAAGUAGAACAGAACAGAACAGAUAAUUUAUUUAGAUUUAAGCAUUACAGCUUAUCAUCUGUCUCCAUAACAUAUUAAACAAAUGACAUGCAAAAAGAUAAUGAAUGGCAAGUACAAAUAUAUAUACAUAUACAUGAGAGUGUAAACAAAGUGUUGUGUCAUUUAUACAGGAACAUUUAUACUCCUAUCCCUAAGUUGAAAUGCCUUAAUGAUAUAAUUUGAUAGUCGAUGUAACAAUACUUUAUAGAGAUCAAUAAAAUUGCACAGGUCUUUACUAA